GACACCGACGGGGAUGACGGGGAUGGCGGAAAUGGCAGAAGCGGCCGGAGCAGCUGAAGCUGGUGGAGUCGAGGCCGGUGCACCCGGGUCCGGUGCAGGAGGUGCGGGUGUGGCGAGCAGUGGCAACGGGCUUGCAACCGGGAGCAGCGAGGGAGCCAGCAAUGGGCGUGCGGAGCGCGAAGCGCGGCCAAGGCCGGCGCGGACGUACAAGAUCUUUGUGGGCGAUCUAGUGUCGGCCGUGACUGAGGACGAGGUCCGCCAAGCGUUUGCGUCAUUUGGCAACGUGGUCGGAUGCAACGUGGUUCGCGACUCCGAGUCGGGCCUCUGCCGUGGCUACGGAUUUGUGAUGUUUGAGACGCGGGCCGGGCAGGAGGCGGCGCUGGCCGGGCCGGCACCGGUUAUUCGCGAGCGGCAGACGCGGACGGGGCACUCCGAGUCCAAGGACACGCUCUUUGUGUCGAAGAUUCCGGUGGCUGUGGGUGAGGACGAGCUGUUUGACACGCUCCAGGCCGCGGUGGUGCCGCGGAUUGUGUCGCUGGCGCUGAAGCGGGACGCGGUGACCGGCGCAUCGCGCGGAUUUUGCUUUGUCAAGUUUGCCUCGUUUGACGACGCGGUCCUUGCGCGCGACGUGCUCACCAACGACUUUGUCAUCCACGACUCGAUCCUACACGUUUCGUGGGCGCAGCCGCGGGCAAGCAGCGCCGGCAGCGGGCGGCGGCACCGGGCCGAGUCGGAGCCGGAGCCGUUUGAUCCCACGCGGCCGCCUAACAAGACGCUGUAUGUGGCGCAUCUGGAUCCGGCAACCAACGAGUACAACCUGCGCCACCACUUUGCAGCGCACGGAGAGGUGAUCAAGGCCACGGUGGUGUACGACACCGACGGCUCGUCGCGUGGCUUUGGCUUUGUCGAGUUCCGCUCGCCGGCGUCGUGCGCCACAGCCAUCGCCGCGCUCGACAAGUCGCAGCUCAACGGGGCGGUCAUCAACGUGGCCAUGGCCCGGCCGCGGCGGCAGCCGCGGCGCCGCGGCUCGGGCGGGAGCCGGUACAGCGCAGGCCCCGGCCGCGGCCACGGCCACGGACACGGCCACGGCGGUGCGCAGUACUAUCCUCCUCCGUACGGCUACCCGGGCGUCCCGCAUCAGCGCGGCGGCGGCGCUGUGUUCUACUCGUACCCGCCGCCGAUGGCCGGCAUGGCGGGGCCCGGCAUGAUGGCGCCCGACAUGAUGGCAGGAGGUGGCGGCGGAUACUACAUGGGCGGCGGCGGGCUCACAGGCACCCGUGAUCGGUCGUCGUCGAUGGGCUCGGUCUCGUCGACCGGCUCGUCGGAGGAAGCCAUGAUGGCGGCAUCGGCGGCGGCGGCGGCGGCGGGCUAUCCGCCACCGACCGCCAGCGUGCAGGGCCAGCCGGGCUCAGCUACCUUUUUCGCCGUCAUCCACAACUAUGCCCUGGCGCUGGCCUCGGCCAACGGCAUGAUGCUCCAAACUGCCUUGGAGCACGCCUACUACCGGCACUACCUCCAGCUCGCCGAGUCGGAGAUGGGCGCAUGGGACGGGCCCGACGCCGCCGAACGCCAGAUGUGGAUGAACGACGUGGCCCAGCGCCAGGCCCGCACCGCAACCUCAGCACACGUCCAGGUCCUGCAGGCCCAGCACUACGUCCAGUCGGCAUACUCGCACAUGUACCAUGUACAGGCUGCUCCCGGUCAGGCCCAGGCCCAGCCGCCUGCUGCCCAGCAGCCUGAUCUCGGCCUCUAUGCCCUGGCGCUGGCCUCGGCCAACGGCAUGAUGCUCCAAACUGCCUUGGAGCACGCCUACUACCGGCACUACCUCCAGCUCGCCGAGUCGGAGAUGGGCGCAUGGGACGGGCCCGACGCCGCCGAACGCCAGAUGUGGAUGAACGACGUGGCCCAGCGCCAGGCCCGCACCGCAACCUCAGCACACGUCCAGGUCCUGCAGGCCCAGCACUACGUCCAGUCGGCAUACUCGCACAUGUACCAUGUACAGGCUGCUCCCGGUCAGGCCCAGGCCCAGCCGCCUGCUGCCCAGCAGCCUGUCGCCGCAGACGGCAGCAACGACAAGACUGCCACUCAGCAGCCUCAGCAGCAGCAGCAGCAGCAGCAGCAGCAGCAGCAGCAGCAGCAGCAGCAGCAGCAGCAGCAGCAGCCCCAGCAGCAGUCCCAGCCCGCAGCCGAGGAACCCGCGGCUACCAUGGCCAGCGCCUCGGCGCACGCCUCGCAAGCCAUCCAGGCCGCCAACCAGGCCAUGUCGCUCUGGUCGUUCCAGCAGCACAUGAUGCACCAGCAUCAGGCCCAGUUUACGGCCCAGGCCCAGGCCCAGGCCGUCGCCAUGGCCCAAGCCCGUGCUCAUCUGGCACACCAGCAGCAGCCCGGCGGUAGCGCGAACGGCACCGCACCAACGCGCAGCGACGCCGGCUCCAGUGAGUCUGGCGACACAACCGCGCCUGCCCCGGUCGCAACAGCUGCAGCCACAGCGGCCGCCGAGGCUGUCCACGAGACCUCAAUGAGCCUGCAAGCCGACGCGCUCAAGGCGCAGCAGUAAACCCGUGUGUUGCCGCCGA